AUGGCCAUCGUGAUGGUCAUCAGAGUCACCAUGACCACCUCAUCAUCCAUCACAGAUGACAAGCUCAGUGUGAGCAAACACCUGAGCAUUGGUCCCCCUACCCAGUGUCUAGAGCUCGGCCCACCUACAGCAUCUGGGUGGUGGCUGAGUGACAGAGGCCCAGCCUCGCCUGCCAUCCGCCUGGCUGGCGGCCGCAGCCUGCAUGAAGGGCGAGUGGAGCUCUACCAUGCUGGCCAGUGGGGCACCAUCUGUGACGACCAGUGGGACAACGCCGACGCAGAAGUGGUCUGUAGGCAGCUGGGCUUCAGUGGCGUUGCUAAGGCAUGGACUCAGGCGUAUUUUGGGGAAGGAUCUGGCCCCAUAAUGUUGGAUGAAGUGCGCUGCACGGGGAAUGAGCUUUCCAUUGAGCAGUGUCCCAAGAGUUCCUGGGGAGAGCAUAACUGUGGCCAUAGAGAAGAUGCUGGAGUGUCCUGUGCACCUCUGAUAGACGGGGCCAUCAGACUUGCAGGUGGGCGGGGCAGCCAUGAGGGCCGCCUGGAGGUGCACUACCAGGGGCAGUGGGGCACCAUCUGUGAUGACGGCUGGACCCAGCCCAACACCCGCGUGGCCUGCCGGCAGCUGGGAUUCACGUAGGGCAGACCAGCCCCUGCCCACCAUUUUGAAGCCAGCGCAGGGCCCAUCUGGCUGGACGACGUCCACUGCUCGGGAAGGGAAGCCAGCUUCCUCCAGUGUUCCAGGGGCCCGUGGGGCCGGCACGACUGCAGUCACAGGGAGGACGUGGGCAUCACCUGCCACCUGGGCAGCAAGGGGCGUGGCCUGCGCCUGGGUUUUCCUGUCAGACUGGUGGAUGGAGAAAAUGAGAAGGAAGGACGAGUGGAGGUCUACGUCCAUGGCCAGUGGGGGACAGUCUGUGACGAUGGCUGGACUGACGAGGAUGCGGCUGUGGUCUGCCGACAGUUGGGCCAUAAGGGUCCUGCCAGAGCAAGAACCCUGGCUUAUUUUGGAGAAGGGAAGGGGCCCAUCCACAUGGACAACGUGAGGUGCACGGGCACAGAGAGGUCCUUGGCCGACUGUGUCAAGCGAGACUUCGGGAGACACAACUGUCGACAUGGCGAAGACGCAGGGGUCAUUUGUGAUUACUCUGGCACAAAGACCUCGGGCAGCAGUAGUGCAGAGCCCCUCUCGGCUGUUUGUGGUCUGAGAUUGUUGCACCAUCGGCAGAAGCGCAUCAUUGGUGGAAAAAAUUCUUUAAGGGGUGGCUGGCCCUGGCAGGUUUCCCUCCGGCUGAAGUCACCCCAUGGAGGUGGCAGGCUCCUGUGCGGGGCAACGCUUCUCAGCAGCUGCUGGGUCCUGACGGCCGCUCACUGCUUCAAGAGGUAUGGCAACAGCUCCAGGAACUAUGCUGUUCGGGUUGGGGAUUAUCAUACUCUGGUGCUGGAGGAGUUUGAAGAAGAAAUUGGAGUGCAGCAAGUUGUGGUGCAUCAGCAGUACCGACCAGACAGCAGUGACCAUGACAUCGCCCUGGUCAGACUGCAAGGACCAGAGGAGCAGUGUGCCAGACUCAGCAGCCAUGUUCUGCCAGCCUGUUUGCCACUGCAGAGAGAGCGGCCACAGAAGACAGCCUCCAACUGCUACAUAACAGGCUGGGGAGACACAGGACGAGCCUAUUCAAGGACACUACAACAAGCAGCCAUCCCUGUACUUCCCAAGAGGUUUUGUGAAGAACGGUAUAAGGGUCGGUUUACAGGGAGAAUGCUCUGUGCUGGAAACCUCCAGGAACACAGACGUGUGGACAGCUGCCAGGGAGACAGCGGGGGACCACUCAUGUGCAAGAGGCCUGGAGAAAGCUGGGUUGUGUAUGGGGUGACUUCCUGGGGGUAUGGCUGUGGAGUCAAGGGCUCCCCUGGUGUUUACACCAAAGUCUCAGCCUUUGUACCUUGGAUAAAAAGCAUCACUAAACUGUGA